CCGCCCCCGCCACGUCCGUGCGGCGCCUGCGGCGGAGCCGCGCGCGCGGCAGUCGGCGACGCGGCCUCGUGCGCGGAACACCAGUUGCAGCCAUGAUGCCCGUUGCGACCGUGAUGCCUGACGACACACCAAUGUUUGACCCAAAUAUUCUGCAUGAACUUGACUGGAGUGAGAACACAACAACGUUUUCUCCUGCUAUUUCUCCUGUAGAGCCAGGAGAUGGACUAGUUUUGAGACCACUUUGCACUGCUGAUAUAAACCGAGGCUUCUUCAAGGUUCUGGGUCAGCUGACCGAAACUGGAGUUACAAGCCCAGAGCAGUUUAUCAAGGCCUUUGAGCACAUGAAGAGAUCUGGAGAUUACUACGUUACAGUUGUAGAAGACACAAACCUUGGACAGAUUGUCGCUACGGCGACACUGGUAAUAGAACAUAAGUUCACUCACUCCUGUGCAAAGAGAGGAAGGAUAGAAGAUGUCGUAGUAAGCAGGGAGUGCAGAGGAAAGCAGCUUGGUAAACUAUUAACAUCCACCCUGACGUUGCUAAGUAAGAGACUGAACUGUUACAAAAUCACUCUUGAGUGUCUACCCAAAAACGUGGAUUUCUAUAAGAAGUUUGGCUAUUCAGUAUCUGAAGAAAACUACAUGUUUCAGCGGUUCUUUAAUUAAGAACUUCCAGUCUGUCUUUUGGGGUGGUUGGUUGGUUUUUUCAAAGACUGUCGGCGGAGAAGCUUGUGUUAAAAACAUUUUUUUUCUUCAUGGAAAAUUUAUAUAGUUUAUUGCUGCAAAUAUAAUGAUCCUUAUAAAUAAUUAAUAUCAAAUGUGUAAAUCCUGGGGGGAAAAAACUAAUUACUGACCCUUGAGCAGGGUCCUCGGGGGUAGGAAAUAAGCGCUUAGAACUACUUUUUACUACUGUUGAGUCUAAGUGAAGCCCUUUUGUUCUAGCUGAGUUAUAAGGACUCUUGGUAAAGGGAUGGUUUUUAACCAAAGGUCUAUAUUUUUAUCUCAGAUUUUUUCUUGCAUUGUAUUUUUCUAAAGGUUUGUGCUUCUUUUCUUGGUAGCCAAAGUGCAGCUCAGGGGCUCAUCCUGCUGCCUGCACUCGGUUGAAGGACGCUGCAGCACUGGCACAGGGUGAGGGACACAGGACUUUGAUUUGUUGGCUUCUUUCCCCAAAAGCUGCUGGAAGUGCUGCCAGUGGGAUGGUACUGACACUUUUCUAGGCACUGUUUGCCAAAAGCCAGUUUGUUAUGAUUUGUGUAGGUAGGGGAGGAUCCUCGGGGGCUACACUUUAGCUUAUCUUCUAAAACUGCAGGGGGACUUGUCACUGCAGGGGUCCUGCACUUUAGCUGAUAACUUUUGUUUUCAGGAUAAUGACUUUUUUUUCUGACAAAAAAAAUAAAACCCACCUCCAUGAUUUGUGCCAGGGUGAAGGGAAACAGGAAUGUCUGACACAGUAAGGGGCUGUGGCCUGAGUGCUAUAGCUGUGCUGUGGGACGGGCAGCCGUGCACUCGCUGUCACCCAGCACACCAGGCACUUGACCUCUAAGGGCCAGGGAUGGGACUGACUGUGGCAAAGUCCUUCCCCUAUCCCCCCCUGAGGGACUUUUUUGCUGUUUUGGGGCAUGCCUCCUGCUGUACACAGUUGGAGAAAGGAUUUGAGCACUUUUGCCCCCAAGGAAAAGCAGCUGAGGUACGAAGCCCCAACCCUCUGAGUUUGCGUUGGAACAGUUGGGCCUUAGACAAUGUUCUCUGGUUGCAGGGUGGAGAGUGACUUUGAGGACGGGUUCUGUUUAAUGUUUCUGAUGGUACUUCACUCAAUAUUGUGUUUCCUUGGUGAUGUCUGUUUUAUUUAUUGAUUAUUUUUUUAAAAAGAGAUUUUUAAGGUGAAUAAAUGACAAGUGCUGA